AUGGCACAAUCCAACACAAUUUGGGCCAUUUCUGGCCACCACACCAUCAGCGUAGAUACUUUCCAAACCUUGUCGAAUCGAGCACCCGGACUCCUUCUCGGAGCAUUGCUUUUCUAUCUCUUCUACAAGUACACCAGACGGAUCUACUUCCACCCAUUGAGCGGCAUUCCUGGGCCUCGUCUGGCGGCGGCGACUCAUCUGUACGAAGCCUACUAUAACAUUCUGCGGCAAGGAUUGUCCAAGCGUGCCAUUCAAUUGCACAGAACAUACAAUUCCCCAGUUAUCCGGAUCGGGACCAAUCGUGUCCACGUGGGUGAUCCCAACUACUAUCAUACAAUCUACAACUCAGGCAGCGACUACUGCAAAGACCCUGGCGUCUACAAGUUGCUCGGCAUCGAUGGAUCGAUCCUUACCAUCACCGAUCCCGAGGAGCACAAGCAAUACCGCAGCAUCGUCAGUUCCUUGUUCUCCCGGAAGACGGCCGAUGACCUUGCCCCGAUGAUAGCGGCGUUGCUGAACAAGUCGGCCGAGUCGAUGGCGCUUCAGGGGAGAGAUGGCAACCCUUCCGUCAUCCAACGCGUCUACCGGUCACUCGCGGCGGAUAUGGUGUCGUAUCUGCUAUUCAAUCGGCCGCUGGGUUUGAUCGACUCACCCCAGGAUGCGGAUCACUACCACUCAUUUAUGUUGAGCAUUGACCGGUUUACUGCCAUAACCUGGCCGAGAAUCUACUACCCUGUUUUGAACUGGGUCAUUGAUUCCUUUCCUACCUUUGUGGUGGAGAGACUUCAACCAGGACUGAGGAACUUACAGGAGCUCUUUAAACAAUGGCUAGACGAGUGCAUCGCCGCACACGACGCGGGAAAGCCCGUUGAAAGCCGCAGCACCUACUUCGACUUGAUGAUUGAAGCGAAACGUAAGACCGGCGAGCCGCUCCGCCCGGACCAACUCUUCGACGAUAUCCUGAAUUACCUCGUGGCCGGCAUGGAGGCGACCAGCUACGUGCUCUCCUUCGGGACAUACUUCUUGCUCAACAAGCCAGAUGCGAAGGCAAAGCUGGAGGCAGAGCUGCGGGAGGCGAGCCCCUUCAUUCGCGAGGAAUUCGACCAUCGCAGGAUCAUGGCGUUGCCUUAUCUGACGGCAGUGGUGAAAGAGUGUCUCCGGUUGAGUAAUACCGUGCCGGGCUUCCUUCCGAGGAUCGUUCCAAAGGGUGGAGUGGAUAUCGGCGGUUACCACAUUCCCGGUGGGACUCAGAUAUCGAUGAUCCAUCCUGUCGUCGAACUGAACGAAGAGAUUUUCCCGAACCCGCACGAAUUCAUCCCCGAGCGCUGGCUGGGCGACAACGGCCACGAUCUGGGAAAGUGGGCGAUUGCAUUCAGCAAGGGAAGAAGGCAAUGCAUCGGCACAAAUUUGGCGUAUAUGAUGCUGUAUACGUCCAUUGCCGUGGUAUUUUCCCGGCUCGAGAUGGAGCUGUACGAGACGACAGCGGCGGAUAUGGAGAUCAUUGACCAGUUUGCGCCAAUCAUCCAGGGCGUGGUCAAGGUGACGAUCACCAAGGAUCGCUGGAGGGAAUAG